AUGUCGUAUCCUAGAUCCAGUGCAAGUCCUACACGUGGUUACACUGAAUUUGAUCCCGAAACCGGUGAUGCUAUCGGGAGGAAAAAGUCGCUUGUGAGGCCUGAAAGAACCCGUUUGGAUGAGAGCCACCGAAGAUUUCAUUAUACGCAAGUUGCCAAUCAAGAGGCGGAUCAUAUUAAAGUGCAGCCUUCGUCUACUGGGCUAGAUCCUCAAAGAUCAAAUGAAUUAGGUCGCUCGAGAUCACAUCUUAGUGCCUACACUUCAAACAGAACUAAUGAUGACCCUUCAGACAGGUUAGGCAGUACAAAUCAUCUUGAGGAUGAUACUGAGGGGAUUCCGUUGAUGGAUAUCCAUGAUUCGUCACCACAGGGAAGUCCCAAUUCCCAGGAUUUGAAAGGAGGUAGAGAGGUUUAUGGAUUGAAUGAUGAAAUCAAGGACUAUACACAAUCACCUCUGAAGAGUAAAGUCAUUUCAAAUGGUAUACCAAGACCUCAAGUGCAAGGAACAAAGAAUAGAAAAAAAAGUGCUGGCGACAAGAGCGAUAUUUAUUUCUGGAAAGUGUAUUGUUAUGCAAUCACUUUUUGGGCACCAGCACCGUUAUUGAAAUUGUUUGGACUUAAGACUAAAGAUCGUCAAUUUGCAUGGAGAGAAAAGAUUGGGUUGAUUUCAUGUAUUUUAUAUAUUGGUGCAUUUGUGGCGUAUUUGACUUUUGGUUUUACCAAGACAGUUUGUUCAACAGAACGUAUUAGAACGAGGAUCAAUGAAGUCAAUAGUGGGUAUUUGAUCAUCAACGGUAGAUCGUUUGAUUUGACUUCAUCGGAACACCCAGCUGCAGCAGGAAUUAGCGCUGGGACCAACAUAUUGUAUCCACCAGUUAAUGCCGGUGGUAAAGAUGCUUCGUUUUUGUUUCAAAACGUCAAUGGUAAUUGUAAAAAUUUGAUCAAACCAAGAGACAAUUGUUCGAUCCCUUAUAAUGACGACAAUGAACUUGCGUGGUAUAUGCCAUGUAGAGUCUUCAGUCAAGAUGGAUCAGACUCUGUCAAUGAUACCUCGGUCUAUUACAAUGGUUGGGCUUGUCACACCAGUGAAACUGCUCGUAGAGCAUACUAUAGUUUGAAAGUGUCUGGUGAUGUUUAUUUCACUUGGGAUGAUAUUAGAAAUUCUUCACGAAACUUGGUUGUGUAUUCAGGAAACGUUUUAGAUCUCAAUUUGAUCAAUUGGAUCCUGUAUGAUGAUGUGACAUACCCUGACCUUUUCGACAAGUUACGUGAUGACCCCACAUAUCAGGGAAUAGAUAUUUCGUUGGUGUUAACUGACCCUAGUGAGCGUCAAGCGGCCAGGUGUCUUACUGAAAUUAUCAAAGUUGGGGUUAUUGACUCGGAUACGAUUGGGUGUAUUGCGUCACAAAUUGUUUUGAUUGUGUCGUUGGUGUUUAUCUUGUCGGUGGUCAUUGUCAAGUUUGUUAUGGCAUGUUGGUUUAGAUGGGUGACUUCGAGAAAGCAAGGUGCCACCGAGUAUGAUAACAAAACAAUGGCAGCAAGGAAUAGAGCAGUUGAGAAUUGGGUAGACAAUGGCGCUUCAGGUGCAGGACCAGAAAUCAAGACUGUCCCUGUUAAAGCAAGAGCCAAUUACAAAGCUGCCAAAACCAACAGACAGAGUGUCUUUCAAAGAGCACAGAAACUUUCAUUGGGACCAAAUGCGGAUUUGUCACAGUAUUAUGAUAACCCUGAUGCGCUCUCAAAGACGUUCAAGUAUACAACAAUGUCUACUCAAGCUGCGUUGUUGGGCAAAAAUGGGUACGGUAAGAAGAACACUUUGGGUGGUACAGGCAAAAACAGUACUAGACAAUCAACCUUGUACUUGAAUGACCAAGGUUCAUCAACUGAUUUAUUGAAUCGCCCUGUAUCGACUUAUAAUCCAUUUGAUGGGUUUGAGGACUCGGUAGUGAAUGGUUUAUCUCCUGACAUUAUUCAUCCUGAUGUUGUACCUCAGCCACCAGUUGAGUACCAACCAUUUGGAUACCCAUUGGCACACUCGAUCAAUUUGGUUACUUGUUAUUCUGAAGAUGAAGAUGGUAUUCGUAUAACAUUGGAUUCCAUAGCCACAACCGAUUAUCCUAACUCACACAAGCUUAUCCUAGUUAUUUGUGAUGGUAUUAUUAAAGGUUCUGGAAACGACAAGACAACACCUGAUAUUGUAUUGGAUAUGAUGUCUGAUUUGACGGUCCCUAGAGAUGAAGUUCAAGCUUACUCGUAUGUUGCUGUUGCUCAAGGUAGUAAGCGUCAUAAUAUGGCUAAAGUGUAUGCUGGAUUUUACAACUAUAAUGAUGAAACUGUUCCUCCCGAGAAGCAACAACGUGUGCCAAUGAUUACUAUUGUGAAAUGUGGUACCCCAGAAGAAGCUAAUAUGCCUAAACCAGGUAAUAGAGGUAAACGUGAUUCUCAAAUCAUUUUGAUGUCGUUUUUACAAAAGGUUGUUUUUGAUGAGAGAAUGACGAGUUUGGAGUUUGAAAUGUUUUCCAAUAUCUGGCGAAUUACUGGUUUAAUGGCGGAGUUUUAUGAAAUAGUGCUAAUGGUUGAUGCCGAUACCAAGGUUUAUCCUGAUUCAUUAACGCACAUGGCUGCUGAAAUGGUUAAAGAUCCCAUGAUUAUGGGAUUGUGUGGAGAAACAAAGAUUGCCAACAAAGCUCAGUCGUGGGUAACGGCCAUCCAGGUGUUUGAGUAUUAUAUUUCGCAUCAUCAAGCUAAAGCGUUUGAGUCGAUUUUUGGUGGUGUUACGUGUUUACCUGGAUGUUUUUCAAUGUACAGAAUCAAGGCACCAAAGGGGUCAGAUGGAUAUUGGGUGCCCAUUUUAGCCAAUCCUGAUAUUGUUGAGAGGUAUUCUGAUAAUGUUGUUGACACUUUGCACAAGAAGAAUUUGUUGUUGUUGGGUGAAGAUCGAUUUCUUUCUUCAUUGAUGUUGAGAACAUUUCCCAAACGGAAACAAGUGUUUGUACCCAAGGCUGCCUGUAAAACAAUUGUUCCUGACAAGUUUCUUGUUUUGUUGUCACAGCGUCGUAGAUGGAUUAACUCAACUGUUCACAAUUUGAUGGAGUUGGUUUUGGUUAAUGAUUUAUGUGGAACUUUUUGUUUCUCGAUGCAGUUUGUUAUUUUCAUUGAAUUAGUGGGUACGUUGGUUUUACCAGCGGCUAUUGCAUUCACUAUUUAUGUGAUUAUUGUGGCUAUUAUUUCGAAACCAACUCCAAUUAUGUCUUUGGUGUUGUUGGCAGUUAUUUUCGGUUUGCCGGGUUGUUUAAUUAUCAUUACCAUUUCAUCGGUGUCUUAUGUUGUCUAUUUUUUCAUUUAUUUGAUUGCAUUACCCAUUUGGAAUUUUGUUCUUCCAUCUUAUGCAUAUUGGAAAUUUGAUGAUUUCAGUUGGGGUGAAACCAGAACUGUUGCUGGUGGCGAUAAGGGACUGGAUCAUGGUGCAACCGAAGGUGUGUUUGAUGCGUCAAAGAUUAAAAUGAGAAGAUGGAGAGAGUGGGAGAGAGAGCGGAGGAGCAAUGAUUAUGGUGCAGCUGGUGUGGAUGUAGGUGUUGGUGUUGGAGAAGACGUUGGAACCAGUCCAUACAGAGGUGGCAAUAGACAAAACUUGUCUAUGCCUUCUGCUGUGUGGGACCCUUCUUCCAAUAAUGAGAAGCUUAUUGAUGGGUUCGAUCAAGAGGGAUCUUCCUCGGGAUCUAGUUAA